AUGAAGCACGUCAAAUACCAAUUACUCGUCGUGUCUUGCUUGGUGUGCGGAUUCUCCGGUGCUCUUGCGUCCGCCAACCGAGACAACAAAGUUCAAAGUGCUCUUUUCUCCUUCUUCGCCACGUUUCCCGAUGGUAUCAUGGACUACCACCGCCGCCGGGUUGCCAAAUCAUCUUUGAGUGAGCUGGUCGUGGCAACCGCAUUAGGAACCGAAAGCGCGAUCGCUGGUGUUCCCGGCAUGACUACCACGAUUCAGAGUCAGGUCAUGGACGCGCUGGUCGACGCUCGGGUCAAGUCAUGUUCGUGGGUCUGCUACGCGAUGAUAGCAGUCAAUCUUGCCGGUGUCUUGGCAGCUUUUUAUUUGAGGGACCACGACCACCUGUUCACCUCCCACGUCCCUCGACAAAUCUACGCCAGAGGCGAGGGCAUCAUGCACAUCAAGGAAGCUCGUGACGUUGAUAAUGAGGCUGCUCAGGAGGUUGAUGACGCUAUUCGCGAGGCACACCUGGUUUCCAAGAAGGCUUAG